CGCCUGAGGCUACUGACUACCUACUCGGGAGGGCUGCACGUCUGGCAUGGCCAAGAUCCGGGUGGUUGGCUGCUUUUAUAUAAUGGCAACGCUUGCCACCAUCCAGAACACGACGCCAGGAGACAGACGACUCGAAUCACACUACAGCACACCAUGUCUAUCGGCGAUACAGAGAAAGCGACCGUGGAGCACGCGAUGGCGGUCGAGGAGUCUCACCAAGGUCCUGAUGGGACCAAGGAGAGGAGCAUGGCCCAGGAGGCGGCUGACAAGGAGCACGCCCUGGGUCUGGUCGAGGCACUGCGACGCUAUCCCCAGGCGGCCAUGUGGUCCAUCCUCGUGUCGGGCGCCAUCAUCAUGGAAGGCUACGACAUUGUCCUCAUCAACUCCUUCUUCGCGCAGGAGGCCUUUCGCCGCAAGUACGGCGUCUACUUUGCCGGCACCGACUCGUACCAGAUCACGGCCGCGUGGCAGACGGGCCUCAGCAACGCCGUCAGCGUGGGCACCAUUGUGGGCGCCUUUGCCAACGGCUACUUUACCCAUCGCUUCGGCUAUCGCAAGGUGCUCCUGGCCUCCCUCGUCGCCAUCUGCGGUUUCAUCUUCAUCUCCUUCUUCUCGCCCAACCUUCCUGUCCUGCUCGUCGGCCAAUUCCUGUGCGGCAUCCCCUGGGGCGUCUUUGCGACUAUGGCUCCGGCCUACGCGUCCGAGGUCUGCCCCAUGGCGCUGCGCGGCUACCUCACUGUCUACGUCAACCUCUGCUGGGCGAUUGGGCAGCUCAUCUCGGCCGGUGUGCAGGCGGGCUUCUCAGGUGUCGAGUCGUCGUUGGCCUACCGCGUCCCCUUUGCCAUCCAGUGGGUCUGGCCGCUCCCUCUCUUCUUCAUCCUCUACUUUGCCCCCGAGUCCCCGUGGCACCAUGUCCGCACCGGCAACUACGAGGCCGCGGAGCGUUCCGUCAUCCGCCUCAGCUCCAAGAGCCAACACGCCGACGCCAAGAGCACGGUGGCCAUGAUGAUCCACACGAACAAGAUCGAGACGGACAUUUCCGCCGGUACCUCGUACCUCGACUGCUUCCGUGGCGUGGACAGGCGACGCACCGAGAUUGCCUGCCUCGCCUUUGCCGCGCAGCCGUUUUGCGGUUCCUCCAUGGCUGGCAGUCCGACGUACUUCUUUGUGCAGGCCGGCCUCCCCAACUCCAUCAGCUUCCAAAUGUCAGUGGGCGGUCUGGGUCUCGCGGCCGUGGGCACCGUCGUCUCCUGGACGUUCCUGCACAAAGUUGGCCGCCGCACCAUCUACCUCUGGGGUCUGGGUGUCCUCGCCCUCGUCCUGUGCACGACGGGCUUCAUCAGCGUGGGCGCCGCCGACAGCGAGGCCGGCAACUUUGCCCAGGCCGCCAUGAUGAUCGUCUGGCUGGGCGUGUACUACCUGACCGUGGGGCCGGUCUGCUACGCCAUCAUCUCCGAGGUCUCGUCCGUGCGUCUGCGCAACAAGAGCGUGUGCCUCGCGCGCGUGGCGUACUACAUCGCCCAGAUCACGUGCAACGUCAUCAAUCCCUACAUGCUGAACCCGACGGCGGCUGGCUGGGGCGGCAAGACGGGCUUCUUCUGGGGCGGCUGCUCGCUGGUCUUCUUUGCGUGGACCUGGUUCCGGCUGCCAGAGACCAAGGACAGGACGUUUGAGGAGUUGGAUCUGUUGUUUGCCAGGGGCGUGGGCGCGCGCAAGUUCAAGAAGGCCGAAGUGGAUGCAUAUGCGGAGCACUGAGUGUGCUUGGCUAUCUUGGAGUCUUUGUACGUCUUGCUGCUGGCUGUUGGAUCUCUACGAUUUGAUGCUGAGCUAGGAUGUAUGCGCUUUGCGUUGGCCGUGGGACUGAUUACCCUGUACUGUAUUCUUCUUAAUGUUGACUACCCUGUACUUCUGCCCGUCUAGACAUGACAACAUCUCUACCUAGUGGUGAUGCCUCAAGG